AUGAGAUUGUUGCUGCAGCUCGCGCUGGCGCUCAGCGUCGCUGACGCGAAGAUUCACAGACGAAAGAGGGUUAACAGCAAUCCGAGAAGCAGUGUUGGAGGAUGGUCCUAUGAGUUGCAGGCCGACGAAGCCGAUGUCCGCGGCCCUCGACCAAACCCAGUUUCCUACAACUGCGAUGCCAACACCGCCCUUGGAGUUCCAGUCAAUUCCUGGUGCAAGUGCAACGAAGUCAGCUGCCUGCCCCUCCAGACCUGCGUCGUCGUCAUCGUCCAACUCGGCUGCGACAUCCGAAACGAAAUCGGUGCCAUCGCCAAGACCAUCCGAACCGUCGUCGAUGAAGUCCACGAUGCGGGCGUCAUUCCUGGAACCCUCAAGCUCGGUUUGAUCCGAUACGGUGUCAAGCGCAACAUCAAGAUCGACCUCACCCUCAUCGAUGGAAUCAACUACUUCGAAGAUGUCAUCUCCGACGUUGUCCUCCGAUCCGUCGACGACAUCCAGCCAAUGAACAACGCCCAUUUCAUCCCUGCUUUCUACAAGGCCUUCGACAUGUUCGAGGAGUACCGUCAAUUCGCGCAAAACCAGCACGAUGACCAGUUCGCCCAGUGCGAGGAGAAACUCGUCUACUACAUCACCAACGGUCAUUUGCAGUGCGAGGAUUGCAUUUGCAUCUCCGAGUUCGAAACACCCCUUUCCGAUCGAAGCGAAGUCAGCAAGUUCAACGAUUAUAUCGACCCCAAAAAAGUGGAAAUUCUGAAGAAAUGGCGAGGAACUGCCGGCGGCGAUUUCUUGGAAAAUAUUUGCUCUGACUAUUUGACUGAGCAGAGAAACAAGUGCUGCUUGGACUUGUCUUCUCCUUCAUGCGUACACACCGUACAAUGCUCCCAAAGACAAAUCGUCAGCUGCUCAGAUGCAAAAACUCUCGAGGAGUUCAUUCGCCGAGAUGUCCUCCAGCCCCUUCCAUGCCACAGUAUGACUCCGACUGUUUGCGUCAUGCGAAACAAGGUCAUCUCCAUGUUCAAAUUGAUGGAAAUCCAGUGCAAAAACCAAGAUGUCAAGCUUCUCGUCCAGAGCCCCAACCAAGUUCCCUGCUCGUAUUCGAAGCAUCCCUUUGAAAAUCGACGAAUUCUCACUGACAACAGAUUUGAGGAUUGCUACAAUCCAACUGUCGUCGAUGUCUUGAAGAACUGGCAACGAGGAAUCACUUUCGAGAAAUGCCGAGAUAUUCAAGCUCUCAUGAUCGAAAACGGAAUGGAAGUCCGAGACGCCUCCCUCUUCACCCGAUUCCAGGGACGACAACCAAAGUGCUCCGCCUACGAUCAAGCCUCCAACCGAGAUUCUUCCGUCAAAAACCAGGCUGUCACUGACUCCAUCGCCGACUGUCUUGUCCAUUACUCUAGCAACAACAAGAUCGAAAACUGCGGAAGCCGACGAUGCGAUUGCGACAUCUGGCUCAAAGUCGCCGCCUGCGACUUCCAAGACCCCAACAUUUGCACCAAGCGACCUGAGUGCUGCUCGAAAUCUGGCUGCUGCGGACCCCGAGGUCUCCCUGGCCCCCGUGGUCUUCCUGGUCCAAAUGGUCCGCGAGGAGCAGCUGGCUCUCCUGGUGGAAUUGGUGCUCAAGGCGAAUGCGGUCCUGCCGGUCCCAAGGGUCAGCCCGGACCAGUCGGUCUUCCAGGCGCGAAUGGUCCUCAAGGACAAGCUGGUGCUCCUGGCAAAAAUGGCCUCCCUGGACGACCCGGAAGCCCUGGCGCCCCCGGAAAUCCCGGAAAACAAGGUGACCGUGGACAAGCUGGCGCUUCUGGCGAGCCUGGUGAUGCUGGCCUUCCCGGAAUCGGCGGACAACGAGGACCACCCGGUCCACGUGGACCUCCAGGACCACGAGGUGCUCAAGGACCUUCUGGUGGACCCGGACGAGGAAUCGAAACUGAGGAAUACUACCGAGCGUACGUCAGGAAGCUCCGAGAGACUGUCAUGACAAAGCUCCGCUCUUGCCAGCAAAAUGGAUAUGCUUGCAACGAUCCUUUGGUCAAGAAGCUCGAGGGAAUUCUUCAAGGCGCUAUCAAUGAAGUCUGCAAGUGCAACUGCCAGUUGGACUCAAGCUCCGGUUUCUGCCCCAGCCUACCCGACCGAGGAUACGCUCCAGUUCGAAAUCCCAUCAACGAUCAAUGCCCAAGCUACGGCACGAACUAUCCGGCACCAACUUUCGCGCCUACUUACCGACCACCAGUAGUCCCCAGCUGGGCACCUCAGCCAACCUGGAAGUCAGUUGUCAGCGCAGUUCCCUUCUACGAGCCAUCUGAUUCCGAUGAUAGCGUUAUCAGCUUCAACCAGAGUGGAGAGCCAGAACCGGACAGCUCUAUCUCAGACUCUGACUACGACUAUGCAAGCAGUUCGGAUGACGAUCUCUUCGGCGAGGAAAAAUGGGCUCAAUUCGACCGAAUGCGUCGAAGAAAACGAGUUCAUCAAUAA